GCGAUGUUGCACCAAUCCGUGUAGUGUCGGGGCGGGAUGUCUGGUGAUCAUGUUAGGUUGUCUUUUGUGUAUACAGAAGAUGGAUACAGUAUUCAAAGUGUCCACUUUGGAAAUGUGUUUUAUUUCGGGAAAUAUAUCCCAGUGUUUGGCCAAGUAAGAUUAUGUGAUGACAAAGUUGAAUGUAAUUUGGAAUAGCAUUAAAGAGAAUAUAACAUUGCUGGAAGAUACACUUGGUACAGACCUGCUUUCCAUCUCCAAUCAUCACAUGCUGACAUUGCACACCAUAGUUUGGUUCUAACCCAUGAAGACCCUUUUGACAGCAUUAUUUCAAGAGGUCAUGUACAGUGUACACCAAUAGAAGUGCCCAGUAUAAUUUGAGUUUGGACGAACAUGCAUAAAGGAUAAAGUUCAUCAAGAAUUAUUUGCUGUUACCGUGUAAUUCAAUGGCAACUGAAAGCUAUUUUUGGACAGUAUGAGACAAAUGUUUGGACCCGGUGACCUGAUUGUGCAAUACAGGGGCAACUUUGCAAAAUCUGAAGCAAAAACAAAGAUCAACUGAGUAAUGAAAGAACUGGAGUAAUUGUGGUCCUUGAAGAAUGAGAGUGGUGCAAACAGACACUGCUUCAGGACUCGUCUUCCCUGACAGAAGCCUGUCGUCCUCCAGGUGAAAGUUCAGAGAGACAGAUACUUUACCACCUUCUGCUCUGACACCAAACAUCUUAGCUCGAUGAAUCAUUCCAGUAAUAUGUUCAAUUACACGAGACAAGAUGGCCCAUGAAUUUCUUUCUUCACACAAGGAGAUUUUCAAGAUGGUGGCUACUUACAUCUGCAGUGGUAACAUCAAUGGGAAGGGAAUGACAGAGCGCAUUCACAGUCUCAACCUUCACAACUUCAGCAACUCUGUGCUCGAGACACUAAAUGAGCAGCGAAACCGGGGACAUUUCUGCGAUGUGACCGUCCGAAUCCAUGGAAGUAUGCUCAGAGCUCACCGCUGUGUAUUGGCCGCUGGCAGCCCCUUCUUCCAAGACAAGCUGCUUUUGGGAUACAGUGACAUUGAGAUUCCAUCUGUGGUCUCAGUGCAGUCUGUUCAGAAGUUGAUUGAUUUCAUGUACAGUGGGGUGCUUCGGGUAUCCCAGAGUGAGGCCUUACAAAUCCUUACUGCAGCCAGCAUAUUGCAGAUCAAAACCGUCAUUGAUGAAUGCACUCGUAUUGUCUCUCAAACAGUCGCAAGCACCGGUUACCCAACCACAAGAGUCUUGAACCAAGUAACACCACGAGGAACACCAGAAUCUGGUUCAUCGGGGCAGAGUAGUGAUACCGAAACUGGGUAUGUACAAGCUCACUCUCAGCGUAAUGUUGAGCGAAUCUAUUCCUCCCUUUAUGCCUGCUCUGGAAUACCAGUACAAAAUGGCACUGGAGAGAGAUCGCUCUACGGUGCACCGGUCGUCAGCCAUCACAGCACGCAACUGGUCCUGCAGAGGGAAGCGAAUGUAAAUAAUCCUGCCUGGAUAACCAGAAUCCAAGAGCGAACACAGCAGAUGGAGAGGUACCUUUCCACACCAGAAACCACACACUGUCGCAAGCAACCACGCCCAGUUCGCAUCCAGACCCUUGUGGGCAAAGUUCAUAUCAAGCAGGAGGCUGAAGAUGAAUAUGAUUAUGAUUAUUAUGGAAAACAGAAAAGAAACACCUCAGAGCAAAAUGAAUCGGAAGAGUGCAAUGAAGAUACUGACCAAGCUGAAGGUACUGAGAGUGAACCAAAAGGAGAAAGUUUUGACUCUGGUGUUAGCUCUUCCAAUGGGACUGAAACUGAUGCAAUUGACCAACAGUUCAUUGCUGGCAUCAGCAGAGGAGGACAAUCAGAUUUCAGACCAUCUGAGCAGAAUGAGCUUCCCACUGAAGACGGCCAACAGCUCGGCAACUUGAAUGCUCCUUCUCCAGAAAGGACUUACAGCACGGAAAUGGAUACCACAGGUCCCCAAAACAGUGAUGGAAAUACUGCAUGUGAAAAAGAAUUUCAGCAAGCUCCAAUGAGCUCUGUGAUUUCAAUCUCUCAAAACAAUCAGUCGCAGACAACAACUCAGCUUUAUCUGAGGCAAUCAGAUACCCAGAUCACCAACGUGAGAAUGCCACUGACCUUAACUAGCACUACUCCUGUCAUUGGCACCGCUGGGAGUACGUAUAUACCCACACUUUUCACCACUCAGAACACUACCAGUGGCAAACUGUUUCAGUUCACUCUGCCACAACCACUCUCAAGCCAACAGACACAAUUUAUAACGGUUCCGCAUCCCAAUGUUCCAACCUUUACUACACAGUUGCACCCACAACAAUCUCAGUCAACAAUGCAGAGCACAAGUGGACAGACUGAAAAAAAACCCUAUGAAUGCACUCUUUGUAGUAAAACCUUCACUGCAAAGCAGAACUAUGUGAAACAUAUGUUUGUCCAUACAGGGGAAAAGCCACAUCAGUGCAGCAUUUGUUGGCGAUCAUUUUCUUUGAAGGAUUAUCUGAUUAAACACAUGGUGACGCACACUGGUGUAAGAGCCUACCAGUGUAGUAUCUGCAACAAGCGUUUUACCCAAAAGAGCUCCCUCAACGUCCACAUGCGGCUUCACCGUGGUGAGAAGUCCUACGAGUGCUACGUCUGCAAAAAGAAGUUCUCCCACAAGACCCUACUGGAGAGGCACAUGGCACUCCACGGCACUGGCUGCUCUGAGGUGACUACAUAUGUCUGCUCUGUUUGCCCGGCCAAGUUUGACCAAAUCGAGCAAUUCAAUGAUCAUAUGAGAAUGCACGUUUCCGAUGGUUAAGAAACUUCUUUGAGAACAAAUUUGGAAUUAAUUUUUAAAAAUAACAUUUUUAAAACAAAAAGCGCUGGCAUAUUAUUAUCAGCAGCAAGAUGUUCAAGAAUUCUUCAGGAUGGUGGCCUUAAUGCCUGUUAUUGUGUGUGCUCCACUGGCUGGAUGACCACUACAGGCCUCAAGAUUUUUUCCUCUCAUUCAGCUCUUGUUUAUUGCUAGCGUGUUGAACACUUCAAAGGCCUACUAUCUCUACAGAUCUAAACCAGUGUUGCAUUAUCUAAGGUGGAAUUUUCUUUGAGAUGAUUACACAGCACGAGGUCCGGUAAACUGUGGUAUGCAACAUCUUUUCAAGUACAAGUACAAUACUUGGUAUGUAUUGACAUUUCUGUGUUCUGAUGGUCACAAAAUUUGCCUUUUACCGAAGAUGACAUUGUAUGUAUAGUGGUUGUAAUGACACUGGCAGUUAUUUAUUAUUUACCUGCUAUGGGCAGGUCACUUACACAGAUGGGUUUCAUUUUGAAAAUCAAAAGGUUUAAUAUAUAAUGCAGCAUCCGUGCAACUGCAGUUAGGUACAAGAAUUUAUUUCACAAAUGUGCAAACAACUCAAUGUUAUUUCAAUGAGAAAAAGCGCAGUGAGUUUUAUUUCCAAUUGCAGAUGGUUCCAUUAAACGUUUACUACAUGGAUGUGCAUUUUUUUCACAACAGUAUUUGAACAGAGGCAAGGCUUUUUGGAACUUUUGCAUACACUGCCACUAAUAUUCAGAAGACCGUUAAGGUUGCAAGAUGAGCUGAAUUGAAGGAAGUUUUUUUCCCCCACAAUGUGUGGUUGAUAACAUUCAAAAUGAACAUAUAAUCAAUGUGGUCUGUUUGACAUGCUGUCAUUUUGAUUGCUGCUCCUAUUUUGUCUCUUAUUUUAUCUUCAGACUGUCAAUGAUGAUUAUUCCGAUCAAUUUUAAAAUAUUUUGAUUAAUUUGCUGUUGCCAUAAGAUUAAUUAGAGUUCCAUGGUGCACUAUUAACAGUGCACCCAAAUCAGUCAGUCAGUCAUUAUAAUGAAUAGGAAAUUGAAAAUAGCUGCUAUUUGUGCAGCAUGUACAAAGUUUGAGGGAAGUGUGUCUUGAUGAGAUGAUAUAUUUCAUCGGAUAUCUUGUUCAUAUUUCUUGUCCUUAAACUUAGAAACAAACAUUGUGAGGAAAUAAUGCAGUCUAAAAGUCUUGUGUAUCUUUACAAAAUGAAUUUUAGCUGGAAGUAAGCAAUUUACUGCAUGUAUUAGCUUUGAAGUAAUUCCCAUGUGAGCGACAUUUUUUAGGGCCCAUUGACCAAGAUGUACCCCAUGGAUGAUUCUCAGCUUAUUUUGUUUUUAAAUCCUGCGGUUCACCUCUAGGUUUUAUUUCAUUUUGGAAUCAUAAUUGUAAACAACUCACAUUUAUAUCUAACCACAGAUUUUCAUUAUUUUGACUACAGAUGAUCACUCUUAAUAUAAAAAAGCCUCUUUGCACCAGUUUAUUUGAUUCCAGUGAGUUCAACAAAUAUGCACUACAUUAUGGUUAUUAGCUAAUUUUUACCUGUGGGUACAUACUAGAGUAUCUCAUUUUCACAGUGGAAUUGAUUAUCAUACUAACUUGCGCUGAAAUACUAUCCUAUUCUCUAUAUGUUUCUGUGUUGCAGAUCUAAUUUGAUGUCUGUAAUACAGUCUGUUUAACAAAUACUAAACCAUUUAUCUAGUUUAAUUUUCAUUUAUAGAAAUUACUUCUUCACAAUUGGGGUUAUCAUUUAUGAAGCUUUUUUUUUAAUGUCUGUCAGGUUUUUCUGUAAUUUGGUUUCAAUGUUUAACUAAUAAUCUCACACAGUACGUUUGUUUGUGUAGGUGUAGAGUUAUUAAUUUGUGCGGAUCUGAAUUAAGCGAUAGCUAAUAAAUAAUUAAUGGUGCUUCCUAGGUUGAUGACUGCCCUACUAAAUCAGUUUAGUUCCAUGUCCUUAUGGGGUUAACUAUUUCUGCAGGCAGUUAAUCCAAUGAUUUUGUUAGAACUUUUGAAAAUAAUAUAUCGUUAGGCUGAUUUAUCUAAUCAUGUAGGGAAUAAAGUAGGGCUAAUGACUGCCAGACUUGAACUUUAAGUAUCACAUCUUUCAUGCAUGUGUAACAUGUAAUGCAUACUUCAUAGUCUUUCUGUGAUCAAUGUUAAACUUUUUCACAGUCUCACCAAGAUAGUUUAGCUAUUUAGUAGAGUAAAAGUUUUAAAUGUUAUUGAUGUUUCAUUUGAAUCUGGUAAAACGUGUCUACAGGUGGCUACAGUAUUACAGCAAAAGUUACAUGCUUUCUUCGUUAAAAUAAGAGCUGAUGUUAAGCUUGAAUAACUAACCAGAGAAGUUUAAAAACAAAUAAAUUCUGUAGGUAUUAAUUGAUUUUUUUCUUUCUCACUAUUUUGACUGACUGACAAUUGAGCUCUGAAAAAAAUAUGGCAACAAUAAUUUUAAUCUUUGAGAGGCAAAUGGGUCCGAGAGGUUUUGUUGGUUUAACAUUAUGGAAUACUGGUUUAGAUCUUGAGAUUUUAAAGUGCAAACAUGAAAGUAAGGGUGGCUUUAAGCUAGGCAUUAGCUACAACAAGUGGAAGCCUCUUGUAUGAUAUUAGCUGUUUUACUGGAAUAGUGUCCUGUGGAAGGAGUAUUUAACCAAGCUUAACUUUGCAAUGCAGUAUUUGUUUAUACAAUAGUACACAUUUACAUUUUACUACAGGAUAGACCUGCCUUGCAAUAUUUAAUACAAUCACGUUGAAUCACUUGCAUAUCACCAGCCCACUGCAUUCACAGUGACUCUUGGUUUCCUCAACAUUUGUCCUUUAUAUUCAAUGAACCCAUCAGUCAGACAUAGGAAUGUGUACUAACAAGACAGUAUUAGAUUACUGAAGUUUAACAGUUCAGAAAUUGUGAAACAUAGAAAUGAAUUUUCUAAAUGUACAACCCACUAUGCAUGUACAGCGCAGUCUAAAAUACCUUUGGUAUUUUAUUUUGCAUUUUUGGAGACAAUAUUCUGAAUCACGGAGGUAAUCAAAAGAUUAAAAAAGUAUGCAUUUUAAUAUACAAAACUAACUAGCUAUUCUGUCCAUAGUCUUACUGCAUAUGUGAUAUUUAUGCAUUAAUUCAUUGUCUGAUGCAAAAUAUUUCUUUAUGGUUCUGGGUUGUACAUAUAACUUGCAUUGUUUACUCUUGAACUAACCUGAAAGUUUACGAACUCAGUGUAGAAUUUUACUUUUUUUUAAAUCAUUUGUUUUCUUUAAAACAAGUGUUACUAAUGCAAUGUGUCACGUCAGUAGUGUAGAUCAGUGCCUUUAAAUAUAUAUAAACAUGGCAUUUAAAAUAAAAUGCAAAAACCUUUAUAAACCUAUUUUCUGCGGGACACUGUGCAUUUUGUAUGAGCAAAUUCACCAAUGAUAGCAGAAUAAAAUUAAUCAUCAGUCUGGAUUUUUUUGAAGAAUGCAUAAUUGAUAUGGGAACAAUUGGAGUUAUAGCAUGCCCUGCUGAGGAACAAUAGUAUUAAGGUUUACAUCUAAAGUAUUCUUGGAACUCUGAAAGUAUCAGCAAAUAUUGCACCAAAACAGAGCAACUGCCUUUAAACAAAAUAAUGAAAAUAAUGCCCAAAUGUAAUUUUAAAGAAUCAUUUUCAGAUUGCCCCAUUGGUUUCCAUUAAUCCUGGCCCCAUUGUCCUUUGUCAGAAUGAGAUGACUUAAAAAAAAUCCAGCAGAAACUCCCUAUUUCAAAUAUCAUUUAUAUUGUAUUAAUGAUUUAAGAUUUAACUUCAAGAGAUCCUGUCUAUGGAUAAACUAGGAUUUGAAUCACAUUGAGUAAUUCUGUUGGGAAUUUUCUAUUUUAUUUUGAUUAUAUAAACUUAAUUAUGCACAUUUAAUAUGACUAUUAAAACCAAAGAAAAACUUGCAAGGUGAAUUGCAAACCUUAUUUUGGAACUAAUAUUUCACCCCUAAUAUUAAAGAAAAAGUGAGGAACUAAAUAUCUUUUUAAUGUUGCAGUAGAUUUUUCAUCUUAUUUUUCUUUCCCAUGUAAAUAAGAAUGUAGUAUUAUAGUAAAAGGUAGCAUUAUGUAAUUAAUGGAUAAAAUCAUGGAUUUAUAAACAUAUAACCUUUUCUUUUAAUUUGGCACAUUUCUGGGAUAUAAUUAACAGGCUUACUCUCUUGGAGAAUCAAUCAGUUGGCUAUACUUGACAUAUAGCUAAUUUAUCUGAUUGGAUAUUGCGUUCAGACCACAGAUUAGAAAUGAGCAGCUUCCAGGAUCAUUUUCUUUUCUUACAAAUGAAAUUAAUGAACUUUACACCAGAUAUUGAGUGGUCGUAAUUUUCUAAUUAAUCUUAUCUAGAAACAUGAUUUCAACCUAAAUAAUCAACUCUUAGCUGCCAUCAAAAAUGAAUAAAACUGGUAAGUUCUUCAAUGCUGAUCAAUAGCAUGAGGAGUUAACAAUUUUCAUUCAAAAGGUAAACAACUACCCCCUCCCUGCCCCCACCCACCCAAUUGCAAAAUAGGUUAUCUUUUUUGACACUGGUUUGCUUUUGAAGUCAUUGUUUCUGAUCACUGUUUGAAGAUGUGAUUGGAGAGAGGGUUAAUAGAUUCAUGAGUUUUACACUUCUGUGUUCAAAAUUCUAACAGUAAUCAAUGGCAAGUUAUGGUACAACACAUGCCCAUCUGAUAAAUUGAACCAAUGAAAAUGUUACACGGGGUCUUUGCACCUUAUUAUACAUUUGCAUUAUAAUUUUCCUUCUUGAAAUUAGAUGCAGUAUACAAUUGUUAGAUUUAUGUAACUGUAAAGGCCAUUAUUCCUGUAACAAAUCUGUUAAACUAUUCAAAUAAUCUUUGGGUUUAUCUAUUUGGUUAGAUAGAAAUGUGAGCUUGCACAAUCCGAUGAGAAUCUAGAGGCAUUAAUUGUACUUAGCUCAACAAUAUAUGCAUCAUUAUAAAUCUACCAGCAUCUGUCGAAUGCAGCAUUAAUAAGGUGAUUUACUAAAUAUCCUCUUGUUGAAGUUUCAGAGCAAAGAGAACAGAUUAAGAAGGAAGUAUGUAAUUUAAGGGUUAAAGAAACCACCAUUCAUCUUUACUUCUAAGAAAUAACAUUUAAUAAACAAGCUUCCCAAAAACACAGUACCAUUUGUGCUCUGAGCCAAAAGGUUUUCAAGUAACACUUCAAAAAUAAGUUUAAGAUAAUUCAUGAGAAAUGCACCCAGAUUAUCAGCCACCCCUUUAGAAUGUGCACUUUUUCUUAAAUAAUAUACUGUAUGUGAUCGAGCAAUAAUAUUUAAAUAGAGUUUUAUUUUAAAAUAGUUUUAAUGUAGAAUUGUUUUCCAUUUAAGAAGUGUGCAAACGGUGACUUUAAAAUUGCUUCCAUCUGCAUCUCGCUAUUCUGAAAUAGGAAAAGGUGAAAAUAUAGAUGGGCUAUCGCUGCCUCAGAAUAGAAAGGUGAUGUUUUAAUGUGUAUUGUUGACAACUUUCUAGCAUAUUUAAACAGGAUAUUCAGUUAUUCUAUAGUAUAGUGAUAACCUCCAUUUGUCAAGAAUGUAUGGCAAAAAAAAACAUUUGUACUGAUGCAAAUGCUGAAAGUAAAGCUGAAAGGAAAGACCAAUUGGUGAUCACCACUGAGCUCUGUUUUCCAAGGUCAUGGCAACAAAUAUAGAUUGCAUUUUAUUUCCUGAAUUUCAGAUUAAAUCUUUUAAAAAUCCUCUUUCUGUAGAAAGCAAAAAAAACAAUAGGUUACAGCAUUAUCAUCUUUAUGCCCAGUAACAAAAUGUCAGUAUUGCCAGUGAUCAAUUCACAGAUGUUAAUACAAGUCAGUGUGACCACUUACUGCUUCUUUGUCAUAUAACUAAAAUAUUUUAAUUACACAUUAACAGGAAUAAUUGCAGGAAUAAAAAAAGGCCUAUACAGCAUUAAUUUUAUUUAAAGAAUUGAUAGAAUUGCCUCUUUCCAAUGCUCAACAGCAAGUGGGUUGCAUACAGAAGAUGAAACAGCUUAAGGUGUGCAGUCAGACUGUACCAGUGGAGCAGUCCAUUGAUGCUGGAUUUAGUCAACUAGCCACUGUUUUUUCUCAAUAUGUAAAUAAAAGAUAUGGGUCAGUAUAAAACAAGUUUGGUAAGGAUCCAGUACUUUGUAUUUUUAAGGGUUUUCAUUUAACCUGUGCACCUAUGCGGUUGUGCAUUCUUUCAGCUUUUAAAUCAUGUUUCCAUUGUGAUUCGUUGCUUCUUUUGGAAUUUUUUAAUAUGAUUUUCUAGGGUACAGUUCUUUAUUAGCAGGAGCAGGAAACAAAGCUUUUUUUUCCAGCCUUUUUACUAUUACUGAUAUAUUUACAAUUUCAGUUGAAACUUUAAUACUUUUUCAUCAAAACUAGUGUGUACUGAAUGAAUUUCAGGAUUGGAUUGCAAAGACUCAUACCAAGGAAAUCAAUCAGUCUCUAUUUCUCAGUUUAUCCCAGAAUAACGGUUUGACUUUUUAAAUAAAAUGUAAUAUCUGGAACCUGAAGUAGCUGGAAAAGCAUAAGACUAUCAGGUUAACUGUAGUGUUACAACAUAGAUUUAUGAAUCUCUUCUGGUUUAAAGAUUCAUACUAUAGAAAGACAAAUAUAACCCAGUCAGCAUAGGCUAUAAUACACUCCUGUUGUAUUUCACAAUUUUACACCUUGAGUUGCUAAAUUAAUAAUGACCCGACUCUCUGGAUGCCAAUAUAAUUUUUUUAGAAAGUGUCCAAGUGAUAAGACUAUGUCUUACUAUUCAAAUACACUAUCUUGUUGCUGUCUUGUAAAGUCAGCACAACCCUAGUGUGCAAGUUAAUGGUGGUGUUAUGCACUGAAAUAACUGAACUGCAUGUAAGAUUUCCACUACUGACCAGCAUUCACACUCAAAACAUUUGCACACGUAAGGGCUAAAAUGAACCUUUUUUUGAGGUGGGAUGGGAUUUAUUGCAUGUGAAUAGAACCAAACCAGUGUUAGUGUCACAUCCAGUCAAUGCCUAAUGUAGUCACCAAAUGUAAAGUUGAACCCACAGGUGGGAACACUAGUACAGGACACUAGCUGGUAACACAUUUGACACGACACUAAAUCAGCACUUUGCUUUCCCUGUAAAUGAACACUAACCCAAAAAAUUUGAAUCGGUUAACAUUUGUGACAAAUCUACUGAAUUUAUUAUGCCUUGACAUCUGCAUUUUUGGUUUUAUUAUUGUUUCUGUCAAUUAAUUGGAUUUAGAUAAAGAGAUUUAGAAGGAAAACAAAUUGCAUCUUUCUUCUACACAAAUAUAGCAUUUUUAUCCAAAACGUCUUUUCCACAUCUUUUCUAAGGCUUUGUACCAUGACCUCACACAUGGGAAAUGAGUGAAAUGCUUUUGGUGCAUGGGCUGACAAAGGCAUACUCUAAUGUUAUCAUAUACAAAGCCUUCCCUUGGAUUUCACUUUAGUUAAAUUAUUAGUCACGGAAUUGAAGUAACCAGUAACAUGAUUGAAUCUUUGGACCAUUAAAGUAAGUUCCUAAUGAAUGGGAUGAGCUAACAAUUCAAUUUGGAACCCUUUGCCCAGGACCAAGUAAUCUUCAGCUAAUAGCAUUUGUUGCACUCUUGGUGCAGUCUCAAUUGGAAGAAUAAUUCAUGGAAAAAUCAUAGUUUGGGAAUAAAUUGACUCAGAAACUCAGUUUGUCACAUACAAUAAUGUUUUAUUGGUCUUAUCAUUUAUCAUUGUCCAAUAAUUCACCAAAUUUCAGCAGUAUCUUACCCGACCCUACAUUCAGCCAUGGGUUUAUUGAAAUGGGAGGCAUCAGUUCAUCUAACAAAAUAGUUGCACUCUUAAUCUGGCAUGUAAAUAGUUUUAUCUCCAAUUCACAAAAACCUAAGUAAUUAUGUCAUAAUGACUGAAAAUGCAGAUGUCUUUUCCAGCCUUUGCCAAAAUCUGAUUUGUUUCAAAAGUAGAAUCUGAUUGCCUUAAGACACUUAAGUGACAGCCAACAAUUAUGUUGUAAGAACAGGCCGUUGGGCGUUUUUCCUAGGUACAAAAUAUCAGAUUCAUUCACUUUACUGUUGUGCACCUUUUCUACUUUAUUAGCCCAACACUGUUGUGAUGAUAAUUAUUUUAUAUUUGUUUUAAUGUGACUACUGUAGACCAAAAAUAAGACUUUAAUUUUACAAUAUUUACCCAAUCAUAUUCCAUUUAAUUUAUUUUAAAACUCAUGAUGGGAAAAGCAUUUAGUAACUUUAAAAGAUGUCCUGAGAGCAUCAUAAGUUUAAAAAAAAAAAGUUUUUAAAAAAAUGAGGCUGCAGUUGCAAAAAUAUGAAGGAAGAUGAAGUUUGGUUGCUCACAGAUUCUUAUAGAUUAGUGGGUAAAACCAUUUCUUGACUUUUAUCUUAUAUUCUUAUUCUUUUUCUUGCAGCUAAUGUUUCUUUUUUAUAAUCUGCUAUUUUUAUUUUUGUAAGCAGUUUAUCUCCAUUUAAGAUGAAAAUUUAUCACAGAUUGUGUAUAGUUUUUGUUUUGUUUAUGGAAAGCACUGGACAAGUUUGACAUCCCCUUUAAUAUAAGGUGAUGUACAAUGAUUUUGAUUGCUUGCUGAAUGUUUUUUUAUUCCUAAUUAUAAAACACUAGGAUGGUUUUGCAUCUUCCAUAUUUUAUGCAAAAACAUGUAUGUGCCCUAUACUUAAAAAAAGAAGCUCUAGGCGGCAUUUUUCUAUGUUUUGUGGAAAAUAAUCCUUUUGAAUGGUAGGAAAAUAUUUUUUGUUGUUGUACUAUUUUAUAUUUUUAAAAUGAUACAUUUAUUGGUAUAAGACUGUUUUGGUGAAGGAAUUAAAUGAAAAACAAAGUCUGCCCUUAAGAAUGCUGCAGUAGCCUGUUUUGAAACUAAUUAUUGAUGUGUGUUCAAUUGGUUUUGUCUGUUUAUUGUUACAACAGUUUGGAUGACUAAUUAGGGGUUUUUAAGGGCGUUUUUGAUUUGUCAAACACACUGGAUUGUGAGUCUUUUGUAAUGUGUGGGACUAUUUUUUGUGAUACAAACAGCAGCACUCUCUCAAGCAGUCCUUUUUCACUGCCUUUGUCCUUGAAAUUAAAGUAAUGGAUUUGAGAACAGGGCAGACAAAUGAAAGGCAAACUGGAGAUAUUUAAUGAACACCUAUAUAGGAAGACUAAAUCUUUUGUUAGUGGCAAUGUUCUAUUUCUGCUUUUUACAAGUUUCUGCUCAGAACAGUUUUAGGGAUUUUGCUUGUCUGAAAGAUAAACAGGCUAUGAGAGAAAUCCUUAAAGUGUAUUGCUAAUCGUGUGUGUGAUUGCACAUCUAAUAAGUAUUAAACAAUUCUAUAAACUAUUUAAUCUUGUAAUAAAAUGCACAUUAUAGUACACCAUUAUGAAUAGAGCAUCUCCUAUUCUGGCUGAUUUUGUUCUCUGAGUAACAAAACAGGUGCCUAUAUUUCUGUAGAAGUUCUGGUGCAAGCUUAUUGUUCUUCCCUGAGUAUUCAGUGUUGCACAUAUGCCUUUCCACUUCUAUAACAUUAAGUCUAUGUGCCUUCUGUUUUUGUUUCUAUUAUAUUGACAUUUGAAUGGUGAAAAUCAGAAGAAGCAUUUUAAACCAUUCCAAAUAAGGUUUGUCUUGUUCUAGAGCCCAGCCUUCUUCAAACAAACAGCAUUAUUCAGACUAGUGAAAAUAUCCUUAUAAGCACUGAAUUGUAGAUUUUUGUUGCAUUUGCAACUUUAUAAAAUAAUGUCUAUAUGAAUUUAGAUUCCACUGUGAUUUCAAUGUCCAAAGUUAUAGUUUAUACAUUUUUCACAUUAGCACACUUUUUAAUAAAUACAAAUAUUACCUUGUUUGAUAGUGUGAUAUAACAGGCUGAACCUAUUUUGUUGACAUUCUAUUGAAUGAAUUAAAGUGCAUUUUACUUCUGAAUUUCUAUGGUAGAACAUCCAUGUUGCCUUUGGUAAACACUUGCUGCUAUUAACUCCGAACACUCAACUCCAUUUAAAAGUGUGAUUCUGCAAGUGUAUUUGGGAGCUAUCUGGGCUAAUAGAUUUCUAAAAUUACAUUGGCAUCAUAAAAAGUAAUAUUCUUAGGUCUUCAUUGGUGUGCCUGCUCUACACCCAUUGUCAUAUUGCUCUUCUUAAUAAACACAUGUCUGUAGAAAUUAACUAGCACAAAAUUUUACAGACAUUGCGCUUUAUGCACUAGUCAGUCUACUUACUUGGCCAAAAGUACAGUAGUACAGAAAGUUGUAAUUUUCACAUUCUUUGCACGUAUUUCUCGUUCACAGGUUGAAUAUGUACCUGAUUAAAUUGGCCAUUAUAGAUUAAUACCUGAAAUAACACAGCUUUGGUUUGAAUCUUAGCACUUUAAUUUUGAAGUCUCAUGUCCCUUUCAAGCCAUCUUCUCGCUUUUUACAUUUAUAACUUUUGCAGACAAUGGAAAAGAUACAGAAUUUGGUUUAAAAAUGCAUAUCCCAAUGUUGUUCGAUGCUGGAUAUAUUACUGAUAAAGUAUUAAGUAGAUGCACGAUUGCAUUCACACAAUACAUUAUUCAGUGCUUCACAAUCCCAUAAUAUCUAUUUCAUCGGAGCAUAUUUUUGCACCAGUUCAAUUUUGCGCUCUGACGGAAGUACAGAUGGUCAAAAUGGGAACUGUGUACUGUACAGGAAUGGUGUUUCUUAUUUUUAUAUCGUAAUUUUGAAAAAAUGUUGUGAGAAACGCAAACAUUCCUUAUGCAUACAGUAUCUACUAUUUGUACUUUGGUCUUUCACUGCUCUGUUAAAUAAGAUGUUAAACAACUUACAGAUUUUAUUGCUAAUCUACAUGCCGCUUUUGGGCUGGCUUGAUGCUACUUAGUGCUAAUAAUUGAUCCAAAGAGGUCCACUUUCACCACUGUCAGUUAUUAGCUUAAUGGACAAUGCUAAAUUUGAGAUAAAACUUCAGGUUUAACUCAAAGCUGUGUUUCACACGGUCGGCCUACUCUUUUCAAAGAUCUCCUGUCAAGGUUGUUAUUAAAUAUUUCCAGUAUAAGUGCUGCUACUAUGUAUUAGAAAUGAGACUCUUUUUGUCAGUACAAAUGUGCAGUGGUCUGUGCUGAAGGAGAUUAGUUAAACUGGCAAUGUUCAUUUUCUUGUUCACUUGCCAUGGUUGAGCCAUCUUGGUACAACAGGUGAAAACUAGCAUUUUGGGUUUUUCAAACAGUUGAAUAAUCUUGUCUUGGUGUAAGGGAUCACUUUAGAAAUGUUGGCUUGUUAUAUUUCCAAAAAUGUAGAUUGUGAAGCACCUUAUGCUUGUUGACCAAUUUUGUAGAGGUCAGCAGUUUACUGUUUCUGUUCUGCACCUUACCUGUUAUAUGGAACACGUACCCUUUUUUCCCUUGUAUAACGUCCUGCCUUUUUUGCCUUGUGUAUGAGCCCUUUACCUGAUAUUAAGGGAUUUAUUAAUUUGUAUUAAAGGUCAAUUGAGAAAGUUACAAAUCUACCCCAGUUAUUGAGAUAGUUGAAUGACUGCUAUUCCUCCCCAUAGCAAAUGUGUGUAAUAAAACAUGAGGGGGAGCCGAGUAUAUACAACAAAGGAAAACAAUCUCUUAUUGAAAAUAAAUUCAAAAAUUAAACUUUGGAAAGAGACCUUCACUGAUGAGAGGAUAAUUUUUUCACUUCUGACAUUUCUUAGUUUUAUUCAGAAAAUUUAAUAUUAUCCUCGGCAGUGAAGCAUCCUCUGGUCUCAAUGUUUGAAAUUAAGUGUCAGUUUAUCAAAGUACCCCAAAGCAAAGGGGGUUCAAAAACAGGUACCAUUAAAUUGUGAUGUUAUACUUACAGGGUAGCUUUCUGACCUUUUCAGUUGACCGUCCAAGAAACAGGCUAGCAUUUUUGAAGUGAUCUCCAACUUUACCCCCAUUUACUAUAGUACAGUAUGUUGGUAUAAAUUCAAGUACAAUUUUCAAGUGCUUUAAAUCCUGCCAGAUUUAUUAAAGCAACAGUAUCCUAACUUGCCAUUUAUUAGACUGUAUUUCUCAUGUAUUACCUGUGACAUGUGUAUUGUUAACUAGCUGUAUGCUUCAUUAUGUUAUUGUGACAUUUGAAUACUGUGAAGUUUUAUCUGCAUACUUACUUUAUACUGAAGUAUUAAGCCUUAAAUUUGUUCGUGUGAAAGAAUAAUUGACAUUCUGGGGAUGAAGAUUUCUUUUUUUAAUGUUACCAGCACUUUUUUGUAAGUUUCACUUUCCAAGUUAUUGUAAAGUUCACGCUGUAGUGAAGUUUGAACAUGAAGGAAUAAAAACUCUAGUACUUUCCCGUAUUG